AUGCACAGUCGGGGGAAGCGCGGCGACACUCCGCUCCACAUAGCUGCUAGGGAGGGCAGCAUAACGGAUGCCAGGAAGAUCCUCUCGCAAUGCGAUGACGCAGACGUAAAAGACGUGAUCGUGAAGCAGAACCAGGACGGGGAGACGCCGCUGUAUCUCGCCGCAGAGAGAGGGCAUGUCGGAGUUGUAAGAGAGAUUUUGAAAGUUUCGGAUAUGCAUGAGGCUUCUGUCAAGGCCGGUAACAGCUUCGACGCACUGCACAUUGCUGCUAAGCAGGGACAUCUCGAUGUGCUGAAAGAGCUAUUGCAGACUUUCCGUGAUCUUGCUAUGACCACAAACUCCGCGAAUUCUACUGCACUGGAUACCGCCGCCGCACAGGGACAUAUUGAGAUAGUUACUCUUCUUCUGGAGACGGAUGCGAGCCUCGCGAAGAUUGCCCGUAACAACGGUAAAACUGUUCUGCACUCCGCCACGAGACUGGGCCAUUUACAAGUGGUGAAAACAAUUCUAAGCAAGGAUCCGAGCAUCGUUUUCAGGAUUGAUAAAAAGGGGCAGACGGCGUUUCACAUGGCGGUGAAAGGGCGUAAUGUUGAGGUGGUGAUGGCGCUUCUUAGAUUAAAUCCUUCGGUGAUCAAUGCGAGGGACAAGAAGGGGAACACGCCAUUGCAUGUGGCUGCCAGGAAGGGGCGUUACGAGAUACUGCAGGCUUUACUAUCUACAGACAGAAUAAACAUCAAUGCAGUAAACAGAUCGGGCGAGACUGCUCUUAGCAUCGCCGAAAAAUCGAGUAACGAAAACAUAACUUCCCUCCUACGAGAAGCCGGUGCCAUCGCCAUAAAGGUGCAACCGAACCCUUCUGCUGAAGCAAACAAACUAAAGCAAACGGUGAGCGAUAUCAAACACGAAGUCCAGUUCCAACUCUGUCAGACCCAUCAGACCGAAUUGAGAGUUAAAACCAUAAAGAGGAGAUUGCAGAAGCUGCACUCGGAGGGCCUCAACAAUGCCAUCAAUUCCAACACCGUAGUUGCAGUUCUCAUCGCCUCUGUCGCCUUCGCAGCCAUAUUCACCGUCCCAGGUCAAUAUGUAGGGACCCCAGCUUAUGGAUUAACUCUAGGCCAAGCUAAUGUAGCGAACACGACGGCAUUUAUUUUCUUCCUAGUGUUCGAUUCGUUGGCUCUCUUCAUCUCCUUAGCUGUAGUCGUGGUCCAAACUUCGUUGAUCAUCAUCGAGGAGAGGGCGAAAAGGCUCAUCGUGUUUGUGAUCAACAAGUUAAUGUGGCUCGCUUGCUUGUUUUUAUCGGCAUCCUUCAUGUCUUUGGCCUACAUUGUGGUCGGCCGCCACGAAUGUUGGUUGGCAUACAUGACUGCAGCGAUUGGCGCAUUUUUCAUGUUGACAAGUAUUGGCGCAAUGUGCUACUGCAUUCUUGUGCGUCAAGUCGAAAAGAAUAGUGCGAGGAAUAUAAGGAGGGGAUCGGGGAGUCGGUCAGUGUCGUGGUCUUUGUCGAUGGCGUCCGAGUCGGAGAUGCUAAACGGUGAAUAUGUGAUGUACGCACUUUAG